GUGAGAAAGUGUUAUUGUUACAAUGUUUUAUGCUUGGCAGAUAAGUUAUUUCUUAGUUUGUGAUCAGUAGUGUUUUUAAAUAUCUAUGUUAUUUUAAGAGCUCCCUUACACACACACAGGCUUCCUUAUACAGGUUUGAGCACACAUCAUAAAAUAAAAUAAAUAAUGGCUCUUCAAAGGUGUAUUUUAGCUACAACAAGACAAUAUCUAUCCAAACGCUGCAUUCUCCAGUCGAAUCUCAAACCCACCUAUUGUGAGCUCUACUAUAGAUACAGCAGUGACUCUGAGAGGAGAUACACUGAUAGGCACGAAUGGAUAUCAGUGGAUAACGACAUUGGGACUGUGGGUAUCAGCAAAUAUGCCCAAGAUUCCCUCGGGGAUGUGGUGUUUGCACAGCUGCCCGAAACUGGAGUUACACUAACCGCUGGUGACGAAUGUGGAGCCCUAGAAAGUGUUAAAGCAGCCAGUGAAAUAUACUCACCAGUUAGCGGCAAAGUUUUAGAAAAGAAUAAAGAAGUAGAAACCAAACCAGCACUGAUCAACACAUCCUGUUAUGAAGAUGGGUGGUUAUUCAGACUACAAUUAACCAAACCGGAGGAACUAAAAGAACUCAUGACUGAACAACAGUAUGAAACUUUUUUGAAGACAGACGUAGAAAAGGAACAUUAGUUACGUAUGUGGGUUAAAGAUUUCUAGUUUUUAUUAAAUUAUAACGUGAUUUUAGAGAGAAUAAAAAGUAAUGUUGUGUUAA